CUUUAAAAAGUUUAGCUUUAAAAAGUUAGCUUAGCUUCCAUAACUUCAGGAAGCAAUUUAUUGCCAGACUGGUUCUAGCUGGCAGCAAGGUAACAGUAACUCAUAAGUCAAAAAGAGUUUUUCUGAUUGCACAGCACAUGAAACCUUAGCAUGGAUUAUCUACAGCACAAGAAGAUCAAAUGUGGCUCCACUCCUGUUAGGUACCAACAGAACACGGUCUACAGAAGGCCACCCCCAUUCAUCUCCCUCCCGUCCUGUCUCUUUGUGUCUACAGAAGAAGUUUUUAAGGAGCUGAAGACAUCACAAUGGCCUACUGUUUAGUAGCAUCUGCCUUUUUGAGCCAAGUUCUCAUAGCAAGUCUUUCUUACACACUUAAUGUAACAGUUUCACCAUCCCCAUGGGCACUGCACCACACAGGAGAGAAUGCAUCCAUUUGGUGUUUAGUAUCUCAGAAAAAAAAACAGAACAGCUUACUGACAGUACGUUGGGUCUACUCUCCGAAGCUGAAAAAUGAGCAGACCAUUGGAAGGAUUACAAAACAUGGCAAUAUGCAGAUAUCUAGCAACUGGAGUCAAAAGGGAGAUAUAGAAAAUGAAAGUCCAGGCAGAGGUUAUCGACUUUUAUUGAUUGACCUACAUCCAUCUGAUCAAGGUACUUACAUCUGCCGUGUUCAGGAAGUGGCCUGGCACAGGGGCCGCUGGAGUGCUGUUUCUAAUGGCACAGCUACCACCUAUUUGAAAGUAACUACUUUUGCUGCAUUUGAAGAAAAACAAAUCUUCACAUGGGCUUUAUUUCAAGAUCUUUACUUGUAUGCAGUUUUGAUCUGCUGUGUGGGCAUCUUUAGCUUGCUCACAUUCCUCCUCAUUCUUCUGUGUCAGGCCAUCUUUAAAGGAACACAUUCAAAAGUGAAAUGGGAAUGCUCUGAAAGAGCAUUUGAUGGAGAUCCCUUUGUUACUAACCUCCUUUCUUCUGGACCUCCUAAAAAGAAAAAGAUGAAGAAAAAGCCAGAGGAAAUUCCACCUGCUAUACCUGUCAAAGGUCCCCUAAUCAGCUUGGAAGGGAACUCUCGACAGGCUCUCUUGCUGCCAAAACUAGUUGAAGAAGGCUUAACGUAUGCCGAAUUGGAGCUUAUCAAACCUAAACCACCUAUAAUCGAAUCCUCAUCUGGCACAGUUUAUGCACAAAUACUGUUUGAAAACCAAGAAAAGUACCAGGAAGGAAAAAAUCCAUGUGUACAGAACAAACAAAUAUUUAAAGAAAAACCCUUUAAAUCAGAAAUCUAAAGAGAUAUAAUAUAAUACUUUUUUGGAAUGUAACAUAUGCUCUAUACUGUAGCUUUUAGCAGUAUUUAAGACUAUUGACACUCUAACAUAGAGUAUAUUAUUCGAAAAAUAACUUAAAUUGCCCCUCACAAAGUGUGAGAAGGUAAUACAGGAUAUCUAAAUGCUUCCUACUUUCCUUAUUUACUGUCUAAAAGUGGAAAAGUGGAACUGCUUGGGACAGGCUGAAAUCUCAACAUACCGUGAGAAGAAUAUAUAUGGAAAUGACUGGCUGCCACAGGAGUAGUGGUGCACUGUGUCAAAUUUAUUGCACAAACAUGGUCCUGUAGUCUGUGAAGGAACUGAAGCUAAAAAGUUAUUGGACAUUACAACAUAACAGAGAUCCAAGACACACUUUACAUUCAACUACAUUAAGAUUAGUUCUUCUGAAUGAUGUCAAUAAUCCCCAGACUCGAUUAUUAUUGAAACUGUUGGUUAAUCUAAAACAUACCGUAUAUGCAUGAUGACCAAAGACUAUUUCUGGAAUACAAGUGUCCUGCCAGGACUAGUGGGAAAAGUUUUAAAGCAAAAAUACAAAGCCUGCCAGCAAAAGAAGCAUUUCGAGGAUGCUAUUUCGUGCCACAAGUGAUGUUACUGAAUGUACUGCAUAGUUGUUAACCGUGCGAUCGCUGAUGGCGGUCAUUGACUGUGAGUGCUGGCCGCUGAUAGCAGCCAUCACUCACGGUCUAUGUAGCAAGCCUCAUAGACUUACUGCACAAUGCUCCGUACAUAUAUAGAAUGUGUUGCCUAUGGGUUAAACAUAGAGGAUAUUCAUUUUUACAUUUUCGGGUUUUUUUUUCCUCGCUUUUUAGGAGCCACAACUCUUUCACUUUUCUAUCGACAGAGCCACAUAAGAGCCUGAUUUUUGCAAAUACAAUUUUACUUUUUAAUAGCACCCUUCAUUGAUGAAAUUUAUUCUGAAAGCAAAAAACUAAUCAUUUUUUAUCAGAAAUAAAAAAAAACAAUUCAAUUCUGCAACUUUUAAAGAUGUUGUUUUUAUACCAUUUGCCAAGUGGUAAGAUCGAUAUGUUAUCUUCAUUUGGCAGAUCAGUAGAAUUACAGAAAUACCAAAUUUAUAUUGUUGUUACAGUGUUUUACUACCUUAAAUACUUGAGAAUUAUAAAAUGCAUAAUAAAUUAUAAAUUACA